CAUCCCGGCUGCCCCGGCCUAAGCUGGGCCAUGGCGGAGAUCACCAGUGUCCACCCCGGCUUCGAUGUCUCUCCAGUUGUGGCAGGCCUCAUUGGUGCUACUGUCCUUGUGGUUUCUGUCUCAGUAACAGUUUUUGUGUGGACAUGCUGUCACCAGCAAGCAGAAAAGAAGCACAAAACCCCACCGUAUAAAUUCAUUCACAUGUUGAAAGGCAUCAGUAUCUAUCCGGAGACCUUGAGUAACAAGAAGAAAAUUAACCGAAUCCGGAGAGACAAGAACGGCACUCCUAAGGAGACUGGAAGGGGAAACCUCUUGGUGGAUGCUGCUGAAUCUGGUUUAGUAGGCUCCGAUAAGGCUCCAGAUGGGCCAAAUGCAGCCCCCCACGUCGACCAGCUCCCGAUAAAAGUAGAUUAUGGAGAUGAACUAAGUCCAGAUCAAAGCCUCACUCCGGGAGGAAGUAAAACCUCCUCCCCAUCUUCUCCAGGGGAUGACGUCAUGUUGGGUGAACUGACUUUCUCAGUGGACUACAACUUCCCUAAAAAAGCGCUGGUAGUUACCAUUCAGGAGGCCCACGGGCUGCCAGUGAUGGAUGAGCACACUCAGAGCUCUGACCCUUACAUCAAGAUGACAAUUCUUCCAGAUAAAAGGCAUCGAGUGAAGACUCGUGUACUUCGCAAGACGCUAGACCCAGUCUUUGAUGAAACUUUCACCUUCUAUGGGAUCCCGUACAGCCAGCUCCAGGAUUUGGUGCUUCACUUCCUCGUGUUGAGCUUCGAUCGCUUUUCUCGAGAUGAUGUUAUUGGAGAGGUCAUGGUGCCCCUUGCAGGGGUGGAUCCAAGCACUGGAAAGGUUCAGCUGACCAGGGAGAUCCUCAAAAGGAACAUACAAAAAUGCAUUAGCAGAGGGGAGCUGCAAGUCUCCUUGUCUUACCAGCCUGUGGCGCAGAGAAUGACUGUUGUGGUGCUGAAAGCCAGACACUUGCCAAAGAUGGACAUCACUGGCCUCUCAGGUAGAAAUCCGUACGUUAAGGUGAAUGUUUAUUACGGAAGAAAGCGCAUAGCAAAAAAGAAGACUCACGUGAAGAAGUGCACUUUGAAUCCUGUCUUCAACGAAUCCUUCAUUUACGAUAUCCCUGUCGAUCUCCUUCCUGACAUCAGCAUUGAAUUUCUAGUUAUCGAUUUCGACCGUACCACAAAGAACGAAGUGGUGGGACGGCUGAUUUUGGGAGCGCACAGCAUCACGGCAGGUGGCGUGGAACACUGGCGAGAGGUGUGUGAGAAUCCUAGAAAGCCAGUUGCCAAAUGGCACAGCCUGAGCGAAUACUAGCAGAGGUUGCGGCAGCGACAGCCGACUCGUAGAACAGACUUAAACCUUGUUUUAGCUGUAGAACUAAACUUUCGUAAGAAGCAGCAGCUGAUUGGUUCUCUAGUGAUGUGAUUUUGCAGGGCACUAAAAUUCUAAAGAGCAUUAAAUGCAAAAAAAAAAAAAAGAUACCACGAAUAUAUAUAACAGUGUAAUCACGCUAUUGCAUGCCUAAUACAAACUGAAAUUAGUAUAACUACCAAUAUCAAGUUGCAGAUUUUAAUACAAUUAUCUGUCACUAUGGAAGUUGUGUUUGUGCCGAACUGUCUUUGCUGGUAUUCACCGAGAUUGGCCUGUCUUUAUUAGGCUUCUCCCAAAGUUUCUGAAUUCUGCUGUUUAACCUCUAGUUUCUUGUUAGUUUGCCUGCCCAUUGGUUCUUGCAGUUCUGUUCUUUGCUGGUUCGGGAGUACCAACCGCAUUGCCAUAUAAAGGUGGUUUAGAAUUCUGCACUAGCGCAAAAGGAAAAUACAGGGGAAAAUGGCACUUUCCGUCAGAGAAGAAAUAAUUCUGUCGUCAGGUACUGAAAUACUUGCCGUUGCGAUGUACUUGUUGUGGAGCUCUAAGGUCACAACAUCAGAGACCUGCAUCUAAAAUUCUAACACCAACAAACUGAUCACGUUGCUUUUGCCGCAUGGAAGUUAGCACAGGCGUGAUCUCACAGACUGUCAGAACUGGGGAAACCCGCUCUGUUUCGUUUUAUUUAACCCUGUCUGUGCGUGAAGGGCCCAAGAAAAAACCAAACAACUGACAUGUCAUUGAUUGGUAAGGAAACUCCUGCUGAUUCUUUUAAACAUUAAAUGUGAAAUUCUACGUGAUUGAUAAGUUCUGUUCUAAUGGCAUAACGUAUCUGAGAUAGGAAAAUAUCUGGGGGGAAGAGGUUUCAAGUGAAAAAAUUACAAAUUCAUACUUGAGUCAAUUUGCAUUAUAUAUGAUCUUGUAGUUACCCAAGAGCCAGCUCUCAAAAAAGGAGUAAACACAGGGCAAAGCCUGUCACUACAAAACGUGUCAAACUCUUCAAGAAGUUAAUUUUCAGAGUUUCAAGGCAGCUUGAGUUAGUUACUAAAUUGUGAAUGACUUCUGAGACUUAGGAUAUGCUUACCAUCACCUCUGAAGUGUAAAAACGUUACUGGCCAAGCGUGACCUGUAGCACUUCAGGCUAUUAACCCUGAAUAGUCAGCAGUUUUGAACAGAAGUUCAUAAAGUUCCACAAACAGAAGUUUGGAAGUAGCUGCGUUAGAUCUCAUGGUAAACACACGAGCCUACGAGCUGGUUUUGUACAAGACAGUAGCGUCCUGGUAAGUAACUUGAUUUGGCUUCUUAUUACAUUCAAGCCAGGAAAGAUAUAAGGAUGGUAAUUGGCAGCAAAUAAUUGAUUGUGAACAUUGUGGGUAGACUGAGUGGAAAUAGUUAUAACAGGCUGUAGAAAUUAAAAUUAUUUCUGAACUCUCCAAUGGAAAUACGAAGCAGAAGCGAGCUUGCAAAGAGGCACGUAGAAGACCGCAAAUUUUCAGUAAACAUUUAGUUGCUUCCAGGCAGCCAGUCUGUUCUGUGCCCUGUGGAAUGUAAAUAAUGUAUUAUAAUUAAAAAAUUUUAAGAUCAUUUAACUACUUACGGGACUUGACUACUGAAUUUUAGAGCCCUGUUGGAAAAAUGAUCCUUUCCACCUUCGUCCUAAUGAAAGUAGAAUAAUUGAGCAAGUCUUACUCGGGUUCCUCUCCAGCCGCCAUGUAAAGCAGCAGCUGCUGGAGGGCUCUUCGUGCGAACAGUCAGCGCUCUGUCAGUUGGCAAUACUUUGGCACCUCUUCCUAAGAAAUUAUUUUUGGAAAGCUGAAUUUUCUCACUCAUAGCUAGUUACUCAUUGAAACUUCCCUCCAGGCAGAGUGUCUUUUUAGCAACAGAAGUCGCAUUGAAGCUGAAGCUCUCUAUUUCUCAGCCUUGCAUGGCAGACAGAAGCGUGGACUUCGUUCGUGCUUUAUCGAUCCUGAUUACGAGGAUUUCUGCCUGAGGUUAUAGUAGAUUUUAUCUUUGUCUUAAAUGCUUUCUAACUCAUGCUCUAUUAGUGGUUCACAGCCACAAACCAGAGAACGAGUUCUCCCUUGGAAAUUGGUGUAGAUCUAUUUCAAUCCUAGUUUUUGCACUAAGCAAUUGCGUUGCUGAAGUUUAGCAACUGUCACGACUUUUCCUCGGAACAUGCUUUCCAACACCGCUCCAAACAUCUGAAUAGGACGUACUAACAACAACAACAACAAAGUUCCCUUUUUUCCCUUCGGUGUGAAAAGCAUGCUUAAGCCUAGAUGAUUUAAGAUUCCUUUAGUUGAAAAGGAAAGGUGAACUUCUCGUCAAGGAAACAUGCUCAGGGUAAAUAGAUGUAGGCUAUCGGGCAGAUAGGAGUAGCUCCAACACUCUUCUGGAAUAAUAGGAAACUGAAGAUGUGCAGAUAUAUAUUUUUUAAAACGUAAAAUAGACAGUAAGUGACAGCGGACUCACUGUAAAAUCUCCCAGGUGUGGUUAUUCUUUACCUUGUGUCUUCUAUUGUAAAAUUAACUUGGACAGUUACAACUUUGUGUGAAAAAAAGAAAAAAAAAGGCAAAAAACCUAACUCAACAUGUGUGAAACUGCAUAAUGCUAUAAGCUAAUCUACAUUAUGUAAUGCUAUCUUGUAUGUUGAAUUUGUUAAUGCACAUUGAGCGUGCAAAUAAAAAUUAAAUCACUUUA